AUGGUCUUCAAGGUUGCUGAUGUCUCGCUCGCGGCUUUCGGUCGUAAGGAGAUCGAGCUCGCUGAGAAUGAGAUGCCCGGCCUCAUAUACAUGAGGGAGAAACAUGGCGCGACGAAGCCUCUGAAGGGUGCUCGCAUUGCUGGGUGUCUUCACAUGACCAUCCAGACUGCCGUCCUUAUCGAGACGCUGGUGGCGCUCGGCGCUGAGGUUGCCUGGUCAUCUUGCAACAUUUUCUCGACCCAGGAUCACGCCGCUGCUGCUAUUGCUGCGACUGGCGUCCCUGUUUUCGCGUGGAAGGGUGAGACUGAGGAGGAGUACACGUGGUGCAUUGAGCAGACCCUGUGCGCGUUUUCCGACGGCAAGCCGCUGAACAUGAUCUUGGACGACGGUGGCGAUCUUACCACCCUGAUCCACGAGAAGUACCCCCAGUACCUCACUGGCAUUCGCGGUCUUUCUGAAGAGACUACUACCGGUGUGCACCACCUGUACCGCAUGCACAAGGAGGGCAAGCUCAAGGUGCCCGCCAUCAACGUCAACGACUCCGUCACCAAGUCGAAAUUUGACAACUACUACGGCUGCCGCGAGUCGCUCGUCGACGGUAUCAAGCGUGCUACCGAUGUCAUGCUUGCUGGCAAGAUCGCGGUUGUCGCUGGUUUCGGUGAUGUCGGCAAAGGCUGUGCUCAAUCCCUUGCCGCAUACGGUGCUCGUGUUCUCAUCACUGAGAUCGAUCCUAUCAAUGCUCUGCAGGCUGUGAUGUCGGGUUACGAGGUCACUACCAUGGAGGAGGCCGCUCCUCGCGGUCAUAUCUUCGUUACCACCACUGGUAACCGUGACAUCAUUCGAGGCGAGCACUUCCUGGUCAUGCCCGAGGAUGCGAUCGUCUCGAACAUCGGUCACUUUGAUGUCGAGAUCGACGUGGCGUGGCUCAAGGCAAACGCGAAGCAGUGUGUGAACAUCAAGCCGCAGGUUGACCGCUAUACCAUGGCGAACGGUCGCCACCUUAUUCUGCUCGCUGAGGGUCGCCUUGUCAAUCUAGGCUGUGCCACUGGCCACCCGUCCGCCGUGAUGUCGUUCUCGUUCACCAACCAAGUCAUCGCCCAGAUUGCCCUCUGGACGAACAACGAGGCGUUCCCACUUGGCGUGCACAUGCUCCCGAAGCAUCUCGACGAGGAGGUUGCGCGUGCCCACCUCAAGCAGCUCAACGUCAAGCUGACAACGCUCACGCCAGAGCAGUCGAAGUACCUCGACAUUCCUGUUAACGGUCCUUACAAGCCCCUCUACUAUCGCUACUAA